UUAUUUCCAUUGUUUCCUUCUGUCUCCUUGAAAAGCUUCCUGUUUUGUUUUUAACUGUAGGCUGGAGCAAGACUUUUCCGGUUUUCUUUUCUCUUCUGCCUUUCCUUUGGCCCCUUGCCUAUUGCUGGUUCUCUUUUUCAUUACCCUUCUUCACUGUUGGUCACAUGGCCUUGUAGAAUGAAACUUUCCAAGUCUGUGGCACUCAUGCAGUUCAAAGGAAAAUACAAGAGCAGUUCCUCUCAGCAACAAGAGGAAACAUGGUAUAGUAGUUAAAAAACACAUGAAUGGAAGUAAGAAGAUCUGGUUUCUAUUCUUGGCUUUGUUACAGAUUUGCUGUGUUCCGAUAGUCAAAUCAUUUAACCACUCUGUACCUUAGUGUCCCUAUUUGAGGAUAAUGGAUAUUGUGCAACUUAAUUUAUUAAUAUUUGUGAAUUGUUUUGAGAUCCUGGGAGAGUAGAUACUAUAGAAAUAUGAACUAUCAUUGUGCUCUUCUCCACUCGUUUGUACCGUGCAUGUUGCAAGCUGUGACAUGACCUCUCCAAAGGCUGUUGACUGAGCUCUCCUGCACAGUCUACAGCAUGGUGGCACACCUCAGCAUUGGAGUUCUUAGGCUGCUCUAACUCAAGCUUAGGGGUGUAUACAGAAUUCAGAGGACACAAAAUGCCUUAAAGCCAUAUUUGCCCCUCUUCUCAUCCUCUGCUGUACCUCCUGAACUGCACUGUCCAGGAGGUGUAGUUCAGAACAGAGUACUAUGUUUUCAGUGACUUGUCACAUCAUUGAGAGCUUAUUUUAACAGUUUAAAUAAAAAACAAAACCACAAAUUAUUUGUGCCCCCCUCUUUGUCCUUCCCUCUUCCAGCCUUUCACUAUUAUUUCCUCUUCUCUAGUUUCCCUGCUACCUGCCCCUCCAAAAUCCUUUGGUGGCUGUGCAGCAACAGUUGAUUAGGGUCAUAUAAAUUAUUAUAUUGGUGUUCAGACAGAUAGAGGCCAUAUUGUAGUCUUCUGCAUUCAAUGCACAUUUUUCUCAACGGACUCAUUGGUCGCAGCUGGGCUAUGGUGUUUGCUGGUGGAGGCUUCAGAGUGAAACUUUAUGAUGUUGUGCAACAGCAGAUAACAACUGCUCUGGAAUACAUUAGCAAAGAAAUGAAGGAGCUGGAAAAGUCAGGAAUGCUGAAAGGAACUCUGAGUGCAGAGAAGCAAUUGUCUCUCAUUAGUGGCUGUAUGGACUUAAAGACAGCAGUAGAGGGCGCUGUGUUCAUUCAGGAAUGCACGCCAGAGAAACUGGAAUUAAAAAAGAAAAUUUUUGGUCAGUUAGAUCUUAUUGUCAAUAAUGAUGUUAUCCUAAGCAGCUCAACUUCCACGCUUUUGCCUACUAAGCUGUUCACUGGCCUUAAACAUGUGAAGCAGUGUAUUGUGGCACAUCCUGUAAAUCCACCCUAUUAUGUGCCGCUGGUUGAACUGGUUCCUCAUCCAGAAACAGAGCCUUCUACAGUGGAUAAAACCCAUGCUCUGAUGAAGAAGAUUGGACAGUCACCCGUCAGAUUAAUCAAAGAGAUAGAUGGGUUUGUUCUGAACCGUCUCCAGUAUGCAGUUAUUAGUGAGGCAUGGAGACUCAUAGGUGAAGGAGUAAUAUCUCCUGCUGAUCUAGACCUUGUGAUGUCUGAUGGAUUGGGAAUGCGGUAUGCAUUUAUAGGGCCGCUUGAAACGAUGCAUCUCAAUGCAGAAGGAAUGACAAAUUAUUGUGAAAGAUACCGUGAAGGAAUGAUACAUGUUCUGAACACCUUUGGGCCAGUACCAGAUUUUUCAGGUGAAACUGAGCAGCAAAUCAGCCGGGCCAUGAAUGAAAAAACUCCAGCUGAUCCAGAACAUCUAAAUGCCAGGAGAACAUGGAGAGAUGAAUGUCUGAUGGGUCUUGCCAAAUUGAAAAAACAAAUGAAAUCCAACUGAGUUGCAUCCUCUAUAAUACACAAGGGCAAAUUAUUGACAGGUCUCCACAAAAGUGGGUGCUUCCAUUUCCACAGGCAAAAGUCUGUAUUUGCAGAACAGGUGAUUCAAUAUGCAAGCAAUUAUUUUUGCCCUUGUGCGAAUGCAGAGACUGAUUCAAAAUGUGAUCCAAAUUGUCAUUACAUUAUUAAUUAGUGACAGAAACUGCUUAAGAAACUAAUUCAUAAAAAAACUUUUUAUCUGAUUAUUCUAAAUGCUUUAAUACUAGCUUAUGCAGAUUUUGUUGUAGCCCUGUCAGUUCCAGGAUAUUAGCGAGACAAGGUGACUGAGUGAGGUAAUAUCUUUUAUUGGCCCAACUUCUGCUGGUGAGAGAGACCUGAAGAAGAGCUCUGUGUAAACACAAAAAACUUCUCUCGCACCAACAGAAGUUGGUCCAAUAAAAGAUAUUACCUCACAUACCUUGUCUCUUUAAUACUAGCUAGCAUCAAUGUUAUUAAUAUUGUAUAAUAGACCGGCAAACAAUAGUUUUAAAAAUUAUACAUUUUAUAAUCUUGCUUGGAGAUAUGUAGCCUUAGCAGCGCUUGCAUUUGCUGGGGUCCAUCAGCUGUUUGUCAUUAUGGGGCAAAUUCUGCUUUCCAUAACCUUCUGUGGGUAUGGUGAGCUCUGUCUAAUUUGACUGCAUUGGGGUGAGAGGAGAAUUUGUGGAAUGCUACAGGGAACGUCCUUGCACCCCUCCCAGGGAGAAUAGGAGAGGGGUCCACUGGUCAUUCUCCCCACAGAGUAGGAGCACAAUAGCUACAGGGGUUGCUGCAAACCAGCUCUGUAGCUGUUCACAAUCUUGGUGAGAGAAUUACUUUUUCCUUCCCUUCCCCUCUCCCUUAGGCACUUAGAUACCAUGGUGAUAGACAAGGCAUAAGUACCUGAAUAGAAUAGAGCAGAAUCCCUCCCUGCACCCCAGCUCCUAUAGAAUUAAUCAGAGCCUCACCCAGUUUUUCAGGCUGUGCGUUUGACAGCCCGUGACUGCCCUGACCAAAGUGAGAAGUUUGAUGUCACCAGUGGCUUAUUGCUACCUAAAAUAAGUGUGUCCCAUUUAGGCUCUCUCUAGAAGAGAUAAAAAGGUGGUUAGAUUUAUUUUUAAAUUGUUAGCUAACUUAAGAGGCAGUAGGGUCUAGUGGACAGGGCACUGAUCUGAGACCUGGGUUCUCUUCCCAACUGUGCCACUGACAUGCUGUGUGACCUUGGGCGAGUCACAUCUCCUCUCUGUGCCUCUGUGUUGUCUCUCACCCAUUGUCUAUUUAGACAGUUCUUUCUUUGGGGCAGGGACUGUUUCUUGUUAUGGGUCUGUAUAGUGUCUAGCAUGGUAGGGCCCUGAUCUUGAUUUGAACCUUUGGACACCAGUGUAAUAUAAAUAAUAGGUAAGAAUGAUUUGAAACACCACAUAGAACUUUAUGUAGCCACUGCUUAACAUCUUCAAAUUCCAGUAGCUGGUCAUAUUGUAACCUAGGUUACCACAUAAUGUACAAGAUGUGAAGCAGUGGCUAUGCUACGUGGCGCUUCAAAUCCUGUUAGCAAAUAUAAUUUUAAAAACACCUUUCUCCUGAUUCUAGACAAGGUCAUAGGAGGUUUUAAUAACUCUUUUUAAACAUAAGAUUGGUUCCUCUUUGCUAUGUGCAUGUCCACAGUAACAGCCUCAUUAUGUCUUAGCUGGUUAGUUGCUCUGCAUUAGCUUGUUUUGAAAUCUUUGAAAAUCUAUCAGAUCAUCAAAUAUCUGCCUCCAUUUCUGUUCUUUGCUUAUGAAUAAAAGCUUGUAAUGAAAUAU